GAGAGAGCUAGGUUCAGGUAUUUAAAGUAAUUAUUGUGUUAUUGUAUGCAUAAAUGUGGACCAAUCAAAAUUUAAAAUAAAAAUAAAUAAUUAAAUUAAUAAAUAAGGGUAAAUAGGUAAUUUGAUAAUUAGUUUCCACAAAUAAUAUCCUAUAAUUAUGGUAACUUGAUAUUAAUCACAUAUAUUUAUAGAUGAUAAUUUCAUGGUGUCAAUUUUCCAAUUAACUUCUACCCAGAGCCAAGAUCAAAAUCCCGAUUUCUCGACAUCAACACAUCACUCAUCAGUUUCGUGACAUUUGUCGUCCGUCGAUACUCGAUUGCCUGUCCGUCUUCACCGAAUCACCGUCUUUGGUCGUCUUCACCAUCUCCGGUCGUCUUCCUCGUCUCUGUCUGCCGAGUGCCGAGUGCCGACCUGUUGCUGCCUCCGAUCAAGCCUCACCGACCCUCCUAUCUUGACAAAAAAGCAAGCCUAAGAAGCCCCUGCACCAUGUCGAUCUCGGCUACACCCAUUCCGACCACAAACAGCCCCACCUAAGAACCCAUGUACGGUGUAAAAUUAGGUUACAAAUCAGCGACUCUGAUUUUGUUUAUUUACAUACUGCGGCUAGCAAGGGAGGCUAUGAGUGGGCUUUUCCCGCUAACUCCUGCAAUGUGGCAGCAAUGGGCAAAUGACGAAAUUUCUCUCACCCUGUCUUCUGGGUAGGCUAUUGUUAUGGUUGGAGUGUUGGGUAUUUAUGGUUUGAUUAUCGUUGUGAUUAUCAGUACUGGAAUUAACCCUAAGGUUAAAUCCUAUUACCUUUUCGAUGGAUAUGCUCAUCUUUCCUCCGGUCUUGCUUGUGGCCUUGCUGGUCUUUCUGCUGGUAUAGCUAUCAGAAUCGUCGGUGAUGCUGGUGUUAGAGCCAAUGCACAACAACCAAAACUAUUUGUUGGGAUGAUCCUCAUCCUCAUUUUUGCUGAAGCUCUUGCCUUAUAUGGUCUCACUGUUGGCAUCAUUAUUUCUUCUCGUGCUGGUCAAUCCAUAGCAAAUUAGAAGGUAUUCAUUCUUUCUGAUUUAACACUUCAUUUAUGU